UAAUAACGGGAUGCGAAACUGCCACGUCGUCAAAUCAAAUUUCAACCUGGGAUGAAUACCAGUACAUAAAAUUAGCAAGCAAAGCACCUUAAAUCUCUUGCAAAUAUUUGAAAGAAUUUGACCUUGUGUGACCUUGUCCUCACGGGAAAAGUAGGUGAAUCAUGGCUCCUGGAAAACUGAACACUUCCACGAUGGAGGGAACGACCCUCACUUUACCAAAAAUGCAGGACUGGAACGUUCAAAUAGGAGACUUAUUUAAUUGCCGAACUUCAAAACCCGUUCUAGAUGUUAACAUCUUCAAAGAAGAUCAGAUAAGAAACGAAGAGUUUUUGGAAGUCGUUCCAGUCCACGAUAUGAAGUACACGCUGUCUCGAGUAGGGGACACGAAUGGGAAAUCGGAAAUUUUGGAUAUUUCGGUCGAAGUGAAGAUUGAACUUCCAUCUUUUUCAGUCGAAGGGGGCGUGUCUUUUCGAAAGGAGGAUUCCAAGGAGUUUGAAGAGGAACAGUUUUUCUGCCAGUACAAUGUUCAGACUUCCGUGCUCCGAACGAGGGCAUCCGUGCAAGACCCGCGAAAUGAGGAAAGGAUCAUAAAAGAGGAGGUCAAGGACAAAUAUAGUGACGGAAAAGAGGCGACGCAUUACGUUUCUGAGAUUCGAUAUGGUGGUUGGGCGACUGGGAUAUUCAGCCUGAAGAGCAAAAUGGACCAUAAACUUCUCGAUCUUAGUGGUUACGUUGGCGGUAUGGUCCCAGUGUUCGCAGGUGUAAACGUGGGUUUAAAGGCCAGCCUUGCCUUUAUGGAUCAAGACAGUUCGGGCCACUUUGAAAAGAAGGUCAAGAUCGAGUCCUUACCCGAUGUGGGAGAACAACCGCAAACAAUCGCCGAAAUGUUUGAAACAGUCGAAAGAAUCCCGGACAAGGUGGAUGGUGCAGUAGUUUACCCCUACCCUGGUGCGAGGGUAACAGGAGUCCCCAUUUCUUUCCGUCUUUCCCCCUUGCCCCUCCUAAUUCCCCUGGAUGACGAUUACGAAAAAUACGACCUGCUCGAGGCUGAACUUCUUAAAGAAAUCCAGGACAUGGUCUUCAGCUUGCGUGAUCACACGCAUGGAAAUAAUUACUACCAAUCCCUCAUUUGCGACCAAGACCCUCGGCUCGCGACCAUGUUUCCGGCCAAAGAUGAUGGCGAAGGGGAACUCAAUCCUUGGACGGAUGAUGUCGAUAAGCACCAGACAAAGCUGUUUGAGAAGGCGGAAGAACUAUCGCAACAAGCGACGGAGACUUUGGAGCUGUACAAGAACCGGAACGCGACCAUUGUAGAUCUCAAGAACAUUGUGGACUCGUACAACAAGUCCGACCUUUUUCCGCCCAAGGUGAAAAUCGCCGUGUUUGAUCAUGUUGCAGCAGGUAAAGAAAUUUUGAACACUCUUCGCCCCGCCGACGCCACCGUGGCGGGGCAGGCUGAGCUCUUCAUAUUCAGAAAAAAUCAAUGGGAGGAGUUUUUGGGGGAUAAUAUUGGGUUCAAAUUAGCCCUGACUACAGAAGGGGAUGCAGUUAGUGGCACUUUCAUCAAGCUUUAUUCCCUAACUGCGGCGCUAGUUAAAGAUCUGGGUUUCAAAGUCAGAGUGGCGGCACCCAAUAUUGUGCCAGGAUUAGGGUUUAGUUUAGGGCUAAAAAUUAAUUCAUUUCCGGUGCGAUAUUACACUGGGGAAGAGAUCGGAAAGAUUUUGGAGAUAUUGAAAGUCAUCGUGGAAGCAAAGUCGCGUCGCUAUGGCAACACGUCCAAGUUUUACUCCGUUCUCUCGACCCUAUUUUUUCAAGGGUCGGUAGAAAGAUGGAACUUGGACGAGUUGUACGAGUUGAUUUCUUCGUUCCAAGUGGAAUUUGACAAGUAUAGGUUGACUUGCACAAACACGUAUUUACAACUACUAGAAAUUUUGACGAGGGAAACUGAUGCAGAUUUCACGUUUGUUCUCACACCCCAAUUUAUUACAGGGAUGCGUGAUUGUGUGUUUUACUUCAAGGAAAUGAUGGGUAAAGUUAGAUCAGCUAAAAACACAGCGAUAAAUUUCCGAACAAUUGUGGCAUAUUUUGACACGCACGGCGAUGCGGGGGAGGGUCCCUCGCUGUACAUUUUGGAUAAGUACGGGGCCGUUGUGGCGGUGGCAUACGAUCAGUUGGACUUUCUCCUAGUAACACAUUAUCUAACUACCGGGCAAGGUGGGGCAUUAGGAGAAUCCUGCCUGUCGCCAAAAAUGAUGGGGCGGUCUCCUCUUGCCCCCAUCAAAAUUGACACUGGGUUAGAUUUGUACUCUAUUCUGGACGUGAGAGAGUUAUCCUUGUCCCUUCGUGAGUGUCCCUUCUUGUUGGAAGAGAAUGUCGCCCUUCACCAAACGUUUGUAGAGGCGGCAAAAGUCUUUAAGCUGGCAGCAUUUUCUACGAUGAGGGAAUUUGUGGGAUUUAUAGGGAUAAAACCUGCACAAUUUUACCACGGGAAGAUGGUCGCUCUUUUGAGUAAUUAUAAUUGGUCGGAACAACAUGGUUUCGGAGUGGGUGGAGAAGAUCCCAACUGGGGAGGACUGAAGGAAGAUUUGCUCAAAUUCCAGCUGGAAGUCGCUCCGGAAGAGGGUGAGGAGGAGGAAGUAGAUCCAGAUGCUUGGAAAUAUUUACAAGCUUUUAUCGACGCUGCGAACUAUGCGGCAGAGCAGGCGCAGGGAUUUAUUCGUACGUUGAAAACAAUCUUAGAAUUUUAUAUGGAACAGUUUUUCGGGGGAUUGGCCCGUGAGGACUCCCUCAAAACCGCCCUCGUAGAAAGUCUGAACCUCAUGGUUGAAGACGAGUACAAUCCAAAUUAUCUCAAUCAACUCCUCCAAUCUAUCCGCCUCCUUCAUUUGGCCCGUUUUAACGAAAACUACUUCAAGCUGUGGUCUGCUCUUGAUGGUUUAUGGAUAUUGAACAAUAUCGAAAAUCCUGCCGGUGUUUUAGGGGUACUUGAGAUUGUGGCGGGAUUUUCUCUCGAGGAGAAAGAGUGGGUCUGGAGCAAUCCAAAAUUCCAAAUUUGGUCGGGACUCUUCCUCCAGUCGAAAACCGUUGUGGCGAAAAUGUAUAAACUAUUCUGCUCAGAGGAGGACGGCGUCCCGCUCUAUUUUCCGAGUGAGCAUAGGCGCCAUCUCUUGGCGGUGGGUGGCUUGUUGAAGGAUCCGGUGCAAAAGUGGAGUCAGGAAUGGAACUCGGUUAAGGAAAUGGUGAAUGUUUUUGGGACGUUGCUAGUUAAACGGACUGUUCCCUCAGAUUUCAUUGCGGUUUUGGGAAGUAAUUUAAAGUCAAGGCCAGAACUGGAGGAUGCUUUGGCGGUUGGUGACGUACUCUUCUAUUGGGAUCGGGAAGAAAAGAUUUUUACGUGUGGGUGGGGGAUUAGCGAGAUUUCAGAGGCGUUUAAUGCUUUGCGGGGGAAAAGUGAGACGCUUAAAAACGUUAACCGCGGGGAUAGCCUUUCAAACAAAACUAGGCUAUUUGAGAAACCCCGCUUCCACCUCGAGGAGGAAGAAUCUUUCCUCCGGGUCAAUCGGACAUGGCGACGUUUCACAAAAUCUGGUCUUCUUCGCCUAAUGUCACAUUACAACUUUCACCAAGUCAGGGAACCUCGCCAAUUUUACGCUCCAAUCAUAAUGUUGGAUCCUCCUGCAAUCGAAAAUAUUGGUGACGCAGUUCUGAGUUAUGUUUGGGAUCAGGUAAAACAGGGAAACUCGUCCGUUCUUUUGAACGAGUGGAACGUUUUUCAAUACGUCGAUUAUCCAAUUAUAGACCAAUUUUACCCAGAGUUGAACUCCGAGUCUUUGACAAUUCCGGUAGAACAGAGUUAUAAAUCUGGAUGGAUAAAUUGGGCUCAUUUUCACUCGAAUCUUCCCAUUGGGAUGAUAUUUUCGCCAAGUUUGAGCUGCUUUGGGGGUCCAGUUUCCCACUCACGGGUCCCCCAAGGGGAUGACGAUGACUUUUAUGAAAGUGAAAGAGGCGACGCUACCAAAGCCUUUGUCCUGAAGAGGGCGAAUCUUCUCACUCUGCUUGUUACGAGUGCGUCAGAUCCCGCAGUCCGAUUCCAACUUUUUCACCUUUUGGCACAAAAAUCCCCAGAUUUGCACGCCUUGCCCUGGAUCAUUCCCGACAUUACGAAAGAAAAAGGGGAAGAAUUCUUCCUAGAUUUCUCCGAGACUUUGAAAUUACUAGAAAUGCGGGAAUAUUACGAGUCGCCGCCACACCCCCUGCGACAAAGUCGGCUCCUAAACCCACCUUACAAACUGAUCACUGCUUUGAGGGUGGGGCCCUUUGCAAAGUCAGCGUUUGGCAAGAGCACCAUUUUAAACGAGUCAAUGCUAUCACUGUGUAAAUUUUCGUCAAAAUUCGAACCAGGAUUUCAAAAUGGGGACCCAAUUGAUACAUCCGGUUUAGUAGAGUUGUCCUGGCUGUGCAAAUUUACAGCGGGGGAAAGUUUCUAUGAAAACGUGUUAAAAGCAUAUUUUGAGGAAUAUCAGAGAGAAAUGGUUCUAUUAGCAAAUGUGCAUGGCGAUGGGAUGGAACUUCAUCCCGAUUUGAUUGCAACCCUGAAGCGAAGUUCUGGGGCGUUUUUGUUGUUUUGGGGGUGUGGCUCGUGGAGAGAGAUGGCCACCUUGAAACCUGACGUAGAUCAGUUGCUUGGCAACGAGGUGAAAAUAUUCAACUUUGUCGUCGACCCGGACAACACGAUUCGAAAGAAUGUGGACCAAAGCUGCAUUAUCGAUACGACGAAAGGGGUCGACGAGUGGGGACCAGUUGUGGAGAGUAUGAUGACACACGUUUUGGACGGAAUGGAUGCCACGUUGAGAGAAGGUUAUUUCACAGACCAAAGUCCAAAACCUGGGGAAAGGUUGGUAAAUUUUAUCGAAAAUAAUACCAUCACGUCGGUGAGACAAAGUUUAAAGGGACAAAAUCACGGCCGGAAUUUUGUACUGAAUUCAAAUGAAAUUAGGGAUGAAGUUUUAUCCUUGUUUUUGGACGUUAUUCUUAUUCCCGAUGAGUUGGAAAGGGACCUAAUUUUGUGGCCUGUUUCUCAUCAGAUUGACAAUAUGUCUCAACUUUCUGGAAAAUCUGCCCUGUUAAAACUAUCAAAUUUGACUAUGGAUUCUUUCACCAAGGUUUCCGAUUCAAUUUCUGCUUCACAGCUAACCGCCGCGCUAAGGGCGGCAAGACACGAGUUAAAUUUGAGCACGUUAUCCCUCACGAAUUUAUUCCGGGAGUUAAAUCUUCACUAUGCAAAUGAUCCUUCAUCCCCAGAAGCAGUCUCGUACUACGCAGCCGUCCAAUCCAUUUUCAUGUCGGGUUAUCCACUAGAACUGAUAAACCUUAGCUUCACCGACACAUUUGACGAAUCCGUGGCGGCUUGUUUUGCUGCGGUGAAGGAUUUCAAGCUGAUGACCAUUUCCGCCAUUGGACCUCAAGGCAGCCGGAAGUCGGCCUUGUUAAACAAACUGUUUGGCCCGGCCUUUAAAGAGGGGAGUUUUGGCAGUGGGACGAACGGAGUCUCAAUGCGUCUCCUCCGGUUGGACGUCACCGAUAAACCGGAAGCUUUCGGUGACGUGGAUGCCAUCCUGCUCCUCGACACGGAAGGCUUCUCCCGUACGAGUAAUAUUUAUGACGGAGAAGCCGCCCGCUUGCAGAGACAGGUGGCCACGCUGGUGGUGACAAUGUCGGAUUUUUGUAUCCUGACUUCCGGCGGGGAUUCUGAGACGGAUUGGUUAUCUGAAUUGCGGGGAAUUUUGGAGAUUUCCUUCUUUGCGGAAUGUUCCCUCUUUGAGUCACCCUCAUUUCCAGACAUGAUUAUUGUCGAUGAUAUGAACACUGGGAGAGCUAUGUUGGACGGGGUUACACCGAAAGUACAGGAAAUGUUGGCCUCUGUGAGUAACCUCGUGUCGCUAUAUCCGAUCGAGGCUGACAUGAAAUAUCCUAUGAUCCAGAGAAUGAAGCAGAUUUACACGCGAACAUUUAGCGACUCGUUAGCGCAUCAUAUUCCAUCUCAGGAAAAAAAUUAUUCCUUACACGAGUCUAUUUACAACUUGAGAAAAAAGGGAUUCACCAGCUGUGGCAGUGUCGUCGCUAAAAAAGGAGAAAAUUAUGACUGGUUGACCCAUGCAAGACAAGUUUUGUCCUCAAUUUCCACUUCAUCCCUGUUCAAUUACAGUUCGGCAUCCGCCCUCCAAUCCAAACUGGUCUUGUCCCGGGCAAUUAGCGGUCUUAAGAGAUCAUUCGACACGACCUUCUCCGGUCAUGAGGAUCUCCUCGAAUUCUAUGCCGGCACGGGUGAUAACACGGUCGACUUUUCCACCAUGAAUGGUAUCCCUUAUUUCUGUCCAAAUAUUGGAAACCCAGAAGAGUCAGACAAUUGCGAGUGCACGACGCAGUUGGGUCAAAUGACUCAGUUGGAUAGCGACCUACUCCUCGCCGCCGGCGGAAACGCUCUCACGGCGAAACUCGUUUUAGACGAGUUAGGCACUUACGUCGCCCAACUUCGGGGCGACAUUGUGAAUCGUAUUCGGCAAGAAAUGUAUGCAAAUGAGCUAAUUAAUGGCACUGAGGGGGGUCACUUGCACACAAAAUUGAAAGAACUUUUAUACACUAAUGACUACCCCUGGAUCGAGUUUAAGGAAUUCGUGUCCACCCUGCUUACCUUCGGGCCGUGGGUUGGCACCAUCAGAGCAGAAAUUUUGGAAGAGUAUGGCCCCGAAAUGGGGAAUUUGGUUGGGAUAACUGAGGUCAAAGACAGUUUUGAGGAACUGAUCGCCUUUGACUUGGCGCAUGUCGGGGUUUGGGGUCAAUGUCCGAUCGACGUGUCGCAAAGGGUUGACAAAUUGGGCGGGAUGUUGACCUGGGAGGAAUUUAUUUGGUUGGAGGUGAAAGUUGAGGAGGUAAUUCGGACAGCAAAUUAUACCGGAAACGGGUACAAGUGGGGAAUGUUGAGGGUGAUUCGGGAGGAAAUAGAUGCCGUGCUGGGGGUCGGGUUUAAAUCCAAGUUGCCCAGCGAGCUGGAGUAUGUGCCCAGUUUUGUGAGGAAUGUGCACUAUUUGGGGGUGAAAAGUUAUUUGAGGUUUUGGGAGGUGGAGUGGGAGCGGUGGGUGGGGCAGUGGGACCCACUCGCACUUUUGGUGGAGAAGAGGGAUAAGUUUCCGGACGAGUUGUUCAUCCCGAAAGAGGAGUAGGGUGAAAGUGGUGAAAGUUUGGUGGAGAUGGAUUAAUGAAGAUUAAGUCGUAAACCAUUUAAAUUCUUUGAGUUAAAAAGUAAAGUUUUAUUGCACUCAUUCUUAUUGAGAAUCCCGUAUUCUUAGUUUUUCCUCAUAAAAAAUGGCAUUUCAUGAAAAAUUAUACCGUAUUUACUUAAAAAAGAGUGUGGCAAGUGAUUUCAUACCGUUUAAUUUCAUGUUGAACAGUUUAUUUAUGUACAUAUUUGGUUGCUCUAAUUUUAAUCUUAUUUAUUGGUUUACAUAAUUUUGCGUAAUAAUUUUUAGCUGCAUUUAGUGGAGUCAUAUCUGUAAAUUAGUGAGUAUAUAACCUUAAUCGAUAAGAUGGCAAUAUAAAUAUGUAUGAAAUUAUUAAAAUAAGUCAUUUAUUUCUUGAAUAACUUAAUAAAUACAAUUACGAGCCAUUGUCUUUUCAUUUAUAUUAAAAA